UCAACUUGCUGACCGUUUUCUUUUCAGAAGAAAAAUGAAGGAAAUUAAUGCUUUUGAGCUGGUUACGGUCCCCGAGGGAAUAACUGCUUCCGUGAAAUCUAGAGUAAUUACGGUCAAGGGGCCCCGAGGAACUCUGACCAAGGACUUCAAGCACUUGGCCAUUGAUAUCUACAUGCCCAAGAAGGACACCAUCAAGGUCGAGAAAUGGUUCGGUAAGAAGAAGCAGAUUGCUGCUGUCAGGACCGUCUGCAGCCACAUCAAGAACCUUUUCAAGGGAGUCACCCUGGGAUUCCAGUACAAGAUGAGAGCUGUAUAUGCUCAUUUCCCCAUCAACUGCUCCAUCACUGAGGGAGGAACCCUGAUCGAGGUCAGGAACUUCUUGGGAGAGAAGUACAUCAGGAAGGUCCGCAUGGCCCCCGGUGUCACCGUGGAAAACAGCAAGGGACAGAAGGACGAGCUCCUUGUCCUCGGCAACUCAAUUGAUGCCGUGUCCCUGUCCGCUGCCCUCAUCCAGCAGUCCACCACGGUCAAGAACAAGGAUAUCAGGAAGUUCCUUGAUGGUCUCUACGUCAGCGAGAAGACUACCAUCAUCGCCGAACCUAAUAAAUAAAUUUCCUGAAUAAAGCGAUUCAACCCGUUU